GAGAAAAGUUUCUCAGAAGUAGGGACACAGUUGCUCCAGCGGCUGUGAGAAUGGCGGAGCGCAGCGGCUGCGACGCCAACAUCCUCAGCAUCCCGGUGCCCAUUCGCCGCGGCGGCUCCGAGUCCAACUUGGAUGUAGUCGACAGUGUCGGCCAUGACGGCGUCGGUGUUGACUUCACUAAAGGAGCGCUGGGCAUCGACAUCCUGCAACAGAAGAUUCUCAAGGUGACGGAGCAGAUUAAGGUGGAGCAGGAAGUGCGGGACCAGAACGUCGCAGAGUACCUGAAGCUGGUGAACAAUGCGGACAAGCAGCAGAUGUCUCGGGUGCGUCAGGUGUUCGAGAAGAAGAACCAGAAGUCUGCGCACAGCAUCGCUCGGCUGCAGAGGAAGCUGGAGCAGUACCACCGGCGCAUGAAGGACAGCGAGACCAACGGCAAACACAGCCACAAAGAUGGCUGCAGCAAAGACUCUGGGACUCACAGCAAAGAGGGCAGCCUGCAGGACAUGAGGGGCGCCGGGCGACACCCGGCGAUGGAUAAAGUUAAAACCAUCGGACCCGGCGUGUCACUCUCGCCUCCGUUUUUCUUUAACAAGCCGCGCGAGUUUGCCAACCUCAUCAGGAACAAGUUUGGGAGCGCGGACAACAUCGCUCACCUCAAGAACUCCAUGGAGACGGGCUCGGGGCUGCAUGCGGAGGGUGCGACGAGGGGUCUGAGCGGCAGUGCCACAACCGUAGCCAAAACCCCCAAGUACCAGAGCGAUGACGAGUGCUCUACAGGGACGUCCGCUUCAGCUGACUCCAACGGGAACCCAGCGGCAGAGACUGGCUCUAGAGGGCCCGGGAGGUCGGAGUCCAACGGGCGCCUGGUGGAGGUGCUGGACAUGGUGCAGGAGAUCAGGGAGGCUCAGACUCAGCUGGCGGAGGACAUGGAGACGAUGAACUCCCAGUUCAAAAGAGACUACAGCUACUUUACACAAGUGAUGCAGGAGGAGAGAUACAGGUACGAGCGCUUGGAGGACCAGCUAAAUGACUUGACAGAGCUGCACCAGCACGAGACCAGUAACCUGAAGCAGGAAUUGGCCAGUAUUGAGGAGAAGGUGGCCUACCAGGCCUACGAGAGGGCCAGAGAUAUCCAGGAGGUCCUGGAGGGAUGUCAGACCCGCGUGUCGAAGCUGGAGCUGCAGCAGCAGCAGCAGCAGACGGUUCAGCUGGAAAACACAGACGCCAGAGUCCUGCUGGGAAAAUGCAUCAACAUCAUGCUCGCCAUCGUCACCGUCAUCCUUGUGUGCGUCUCCACGGCGGCCAAGUUCACCGCGCCGCUGCUGCGCAGCCGCCUCCACUUGGCGCUCACCUGCGUGGGCGUGUCCAUGCUGGCGCUGUUGUGGAAGAACUGGGAACACCUGCAGUGCGCUUUGGAGCGAUUGCUCCUCCCACACUGACCCCAGAGCAGUUGUGACAGUGCCGAGGACAGGGAGAAGUUUACAUGUAGCCUUACCCAUGUUGAUUCUGGGCUGCACAUGGACCCACAACUGAAAAGCCUUACCCAGAAUGCAC